GCAGAGCGGCGAGCGCGGAAGUGGUUGUUGAUGCGGGUCGGUCUGUGAGGACGGGGGUGGAUGGUUCCCACCGCCCCGCGCUUUGCAAAGGCUGGACCUGUUCAUGCUGCUAAUGACUUGGUGAAGAACGGAGAGAUGCUUGUGCGGGUCAUGCCCAGCUAAUAUAUGACCAGCAGUGCGUCUUGCCCCACAAAAUGCAAAUGGAAGAUGCAGUGAAUGUAGGCACCAGGUUUUCUCCUGAGUCUGUAAGAACACCAGGGACUGUAGACUCCACCUUUAGCCUCUUCCUCACAAAAUUCCCAGAGCCCCUGGAGCUGGAUCCUCUGACUGGGCCUGAGCAGGGCCUAUGUAUCUGCAUCGAUUCCAGCACUGUGUUCAGUUUUGGGCCCCUCACUACAAGAAGGACAUUGAGGUGCUGGAGCGUGUCCAGAGAAGGGCAAUGAAGCUGAUGAAGGGUCUAGAGCACAAGUCUGAUGAGGAGCAGCUGAGGGAACUGGGCUUGUUUAGUCUGUAGAAAAGGAGGCUGAAGGGACCUUAUUGCUCUCUACAACUACCUGAAAGGAGGUCGUAGUGAGGAGUUUGUGCUGUCAGAGGUGACAUCUCCAGCAAAGGGCAGUUUGGAGUAUCACACCUAGUAGGAGUGGGAAAUUGUUGAAGAUUUCUGCGGUGGACUUGCACAGAAACCACAGACAAAUUUUCCUCCUUUAGGUGUUUUCCGGAUAAUGGCGAAGAUGGUGAGAAGAACGUGUGCGUUUUGUCCAGAAGGGGAGUCUGGUUCUGUAAUGUAUAUUGCCAAAGAGCGAAAUAUUGCAGCUCAUCAGGAUUGUCUGUUAUUUUCCUCAGGAUUUGUGGAAUCUGAAGAGUAUAACCCAGAUAAUCUGGAUAUAAGGUUUGAUGUGACAUCAGUGUUGAAAGAACUCAAGAGAGGAAAGCGGCUGGUGUGCAACUUCUGUCGCAAGAAAGGAGCCACUGUGGGAUGCGAGGAAAGAGCCUGUCGCAGAAGUUAUCACUACUUCUGUGCACUGUGUGAUGAUGCAGCAAUAGAAACAGAUGAAGUAAAUGGAGUCUACCGAGUGUUCUGCCCAAAACAUGACCCAGGCAAUAGGACCAAUCACUAUGAUGCAGCUAAUAAGAGGAGAAGACGACAUGCGUUGAAAUCUUCCACCAUCACAGAACAAAUGAGCACAGAAGAGACGGCAGAAGAAAACAGUUUACGAAUACUAAAAAGGAAAAACAACAGGCAGAAAGUCCGAAUAGACUUUCUGAGGAAAUGCAAGCAAGCCGGGCUUCUGGAUGAUAUAUUUGAAGAAAUGCUGGACACACUUCACCUGGCGCAGGAAAAACUGAUGGAUGACAACACUUCAGAAACAGAGUAUGAAGAGACAGUAAUGUCACUCUUUGACUGUGGACUGUUUGAAAAUAUACUGACAAAUAUUCAUUCAGGAACAGAGGAAAAAAUCCAGGAACUUCUGGAAAGCAGAAGACAACUGGAUAACAAGAUUGAGCUACUGCAGGACUUGAAAGAAGUUGUCCUUCCUCCCCAAGAGAACACAGCUAGUACAUCUAGUACAGUGUCUGAAUAACCCCUGAGUCUGUCUGUAAUGGUGUCAAUAUUUAGGAUUUUCUAAUGAUAGGAACCAUAGAGCACGUCUGGUCAGUGUCUAAGUAAUUCCCCUCUCCCCCCAAGAUAGGGACACAACUGGGUGUUUUACACAUUUUUAUACCUCACUGUUGCAAUGAUUUUAAGUUGUCCCUUGCUUUAUAUUUUACCAUGGAUCAAUGAGUGUUAUACACCAAAUUUAGCUUUUUUAAAAGCUCAACAACCCCUGUGAUGAAAUUUUUUCCUCUCAAAGACAAGGGAGCAUUGGCUGCCCCAGAGCACUUGUUAAAGUCACUUUAACUGUGGGAGCCCUCUUCUGACUGUGCGGUAGCUGCUGCUUCGCUGUCUGCAUCAAGACAGCGAUGUUUUAAGGGUCACAUUGCUGCUUUGGCUUUCCAAAGAAGAUAAAUUAGCAGAACUUGCACUCAAAGAAGCCUUCUGAAUUAUAAACAGGAGUUUGGGUUUGCUUGUUUGUUUUUUUAAAUUAAAUGAUUCUUGAUUGACUGCUUAAUGUAUAACUAAUUCUGCUGUAAGGGCAGUGGUGAAAGUGUUUGCAGGCAGACUAGAAAUGGUUGGGCAUCAUAUUCUAAACAACAUGUAUACUGUAAAAGAUCAAACAAUGGACUGUAUCUGCCUUUCUUGAUUAAGAAAGGAUAUGACUUCCACAUGUUUUGUCUUAAAAAAAAAAGUUUGAAUACAGAAAAGCAUUGUUUAGCUACAAAAGGGUAAGUUAAUGAAAUAAAAUGUUUUUAAGAAAA